GCAGACGAACUCAUCCGGGAGGUGACCAUCAACUGCGCCGAGCGCGGGCUGUUGCUGCUGCGCGUGCGGGACGAAAUCCGGAUGACCAUCGCGGCUUACCAGACGCUGUACGAGAGCAGCGUGGCCUUUGGCAUGAGGAAGGCCUUGCAGGCCGAGCAAGGGAAAUCGGACAUGGAGAAAAAGAUUGCAGACUUAGAGGAUGAGAAACGAGACUUGGAGAGGCAAGUGAAUGAGCAGAAGGCCAAGUGUGAAGCCAUUGAAAAGCGGGAACUUGAAAGGCGGCAAGUCGAAGAGAAGAAGCACACCGAGGAAGUCCAGUUCCUGAAACGAACUAAUCAGCAGCUCAAGGCACAGCUUGAAGGCAUCAUUGCACCAAAGAAAUAAGCCUUCUGUCAGCCCAGUGCAAAAAGUGCCUUGAGGGGAAAACGAGAACACAGCUACAGAGAAUUCUUCCGGAAAGCUUCCAGAAUCUACC